AUGCGCCAACUGGACCGACCGAUCGAGUUGGGCGAGUUCAUAGAAGCUAUGAAGCUUACAGUGGAUCACGACGUCAAGCUGCGGCUGACACGCCUGGGCGAAGUUGUCGUGAGUCGCGACGUGAAGGCGCGACUGGGAUACUGCUUCCAUUUGUUACUGGCGCGAGCGCAGAGUGUGUUCGACCUCAAUCAGCUGGGCGGCAAGGAGACUCCGCUGAUUGCAGCCACGAAGGUGGUCAAGACGAUGGACAAGACUAAAUCGUCUCCUGACGAAGCUUUGCUUUACCCUGAAGAAGAGCGAGCAUGUUUUCCAGAUGUGAGCGAUUGCAAGGACAUCGAUUGCGGCGACGAGUACGCGACACAUCUGCUGGAGCUGUUGAUGCGUUAUAAAGUCGUGUUUCGACUGACUCUGGGCCGAGAUCCACCGGUGGACGUGGCGCAACUGGUCGUGACGUUGAAGCAAGACGCGGAACCUUUUGCGCUGGACAAGACGUCGCAAGAGAUGUUCUCGUUCCUCACGGAUACGGGCGUUUACGCGCUGACGCGAGUAUUGAUGAGCGGUACCGACAGCGUGGCUUACUGCCAAUCGUCGCUGAAUCCCAAGAAGUGUCGGUUGUACGAGACCGAAACGCACUGGUGUGGACGAAUUGUGUCGUUCGAUGGCGUCAAGCAUAACCGAGAACGCAUCAACGCGUUGCAAGAACUGAAGAGGCCGAAUGUGGACAAGGUCCUCCUCGCUAAGGUGGGGUGGAACGCUGACCACGCAGCGUGCUUGCGACAGUGCAAGGAAGCGCUCAGCCAGGAUCGGCUGAUUUGUGUGUUUGCCGACGCCAGCGAUUUGCAUUGGGGUGGCGUCGUGACUCAAAUCCCUCGCGACCAGGUGGAUCGCAAACUGGACAGUCAAGACCAUGAGCCGCUGAUGUUUCUGAGUGGUACGCUUUCUGGCGCCGCUCAGCGAUGGGCCAUUGUCGAGAAGGAGGCGUUCUCGAUCGUGGAGUGUUUGAAGCGGGCAGACUAUGUUCUGCGCAAGCCCGGUGGAUUUGCGUUGUUCACCGAUCAAGCAAACCUCAAGUUCAUUUUCCACCCGGCGUCCGUGAACGUCGCGAUUCCCAAGUAUACGGCAGCGAAGCUGGAUCGCUGGGCGUUGCUUUUCAUGGGGUACGAUUAA